UGGACAUCAUUUGGAAAUAUGGUGGCAAAAUGUGUCAAACCAGGUGAUUCUGACAAAAUUUUCAAGUCUAUUAAUCUUUAUAUCAAAAGUCUUCAAAAAUACCAAAAAUAUUGCACAAUGUUGAAAGCAUCGCAGCCUUCAGCGAACGGUGUAAUAGGUACCACCGAAAAAAUGCCGAAAACUGCACAAUCUCACCCUCAGUGUUCCACAAAACGCGCUCACUCGCCGGGGAAGAAAGAACUGGCCAACCUAUUGAAAGAUGUCUUAUCACUAGAUAAUGAAAGCGGUGUGAAGAAACGACCCAUGAGAGCUAUCGCCAAGAGGGCACAUUCCGCCAGCCCCGUCACACCACGGCCUAGAAGCCCACUUCAUUUAAAGAAUAAGGCAGCGGACAGAAGAUGCCAGAGUCUAUCCCCGUGCACUGCUACGCAAAAGAAAUCUCAAGAGCAUUUCGCACCAGUAAGCGGACAGGCACCUGACGGGAUAAUGCAACCCUUUCACAUACCACCAGAGAGUGACCCUGAAAAAGAUUUGGUUAUGCCUCAAUGUGUUUUGACCAAAGUGAUGCGAAUUUUAGCAACGAAAAAACGAGAGUUCCUGAAAAUGCGCAAAGGUUUAAUUUCUCAACAAAACGUGAUGUUGGAGAACUUCGCGCAGCUCAAAGAGCUGGAAGCUCGGGCGGGAGUGCAUGCUGACGAGUCUAUGGGCGAAGUGCGCGUGCUCUCGGUCAGCGGCUGGCCGGCACAUGACCUGCUUAUGUUAGUUCGCGACGACCUGGCAAUGCCGUUAAAUUCUGAAAUAUCCGGACUUUUUGGUCCACAUGUUCUUCAGCAAAUAACAGCGCAAUUGAACCCUAUACCCGAAGAGAUGUUGGCGGUUAGCGCAGAGAUUAUGGCGCGACGAAUAGAACUACUCAAUCUUCUGAGGGGCAAGCACCGAACAGAUCGGGCUACCUAUCUUACUAAUUUAGAAUGGAAAACGAAGAACACUGAAUUUGAUCAUGAAACAGAAAAGCUACAUAGAAUGGUGGCUGGUACUGCGGAGAAUUUGAAGGCUAAAAUAAAUUAUUCUCUAGAACUUGCGAAGAUUCCUUGGGUCGAUCGAGAUACAAUGAUGAAAAAGAUUGAACGGCUACAAAAGGAGAACAUGAUACUGCAGCAUAAACUAGAAGAUGUAACGAAGAAAGAUACUGACGAACUUAAAGAACUGGGACCAACGUCGGAUAAUAGGCCCAACUAUCAGGCAGUAUGCGAGGAGUUGUCGAAGGAGCGCGCGGCGCGGGAGGCGCUGAAGGAGGUGGUGUCGGCGGCGGAGAGCAUGCUGCGCGUGGCGCGCGCGCGCAUCGCCACGCUGGAGCGCCAGCUCAAGGACACGCGCUCCGAGCUCGAGGCGGCGCGCAAAAAGCACAAAGACCUCGAGCAACUCUAUCGUCAUCGGGAGACUAGCUACGAUGCGCGCUCCAAGAAGUUACUUGAAGUUUCCAAAACAGGAGAAAUUACUAUCGAAACACUGUCCCGGCAACGAGAUGCGUUGGAACUCAGGGUAAAGGAGCUACGUGAGCAGGCUGAAAACGCGGAGAGAUUGGCCUCUGCAAGAGAAGCUGAGCAGCGCGCUCGCGCCGAGUCGCUCCAGGCGAAGGUAGCGGAACAGUUCUCUGUUCAGGAAAGAGUCAAGGCAGCUACCGAGAGUCGUGUGACGGAGUUGGACGCCAAAGUCAAAGAGUUAGAAGAUCAAUUACAGGCUUUACGCGAACGUUCCGUGAGGCUCGUAGAUAUGGAGCGACGACGAUGCCUUGAAUAUGUACCUUCGAAAGAGAGCGAACCUUCCGACAGAGAAACUGAGAUUUGGAAAGAACUUCAAGUGACUCGAGUUGCCUUAUCUCGCGUAGAGGAAGAACUAAGACAAAGUAGAGCUGACAAAGAUAGCUUUUUAAAUUCUUUGUCUCGGAUUGCGCAAGGAGAAGGAUCGGACAACGUUCAAGAAAAAAUUGCAACGGAAUUAUUAGAUAGAGAACAGAAGAUUGUCAAACUACAACACGUCAUACAAGAACAAAGAGAAAAUGAAAAAUUGAUGGAACAGAGCAUGACACAGUAUGAGAACCAGCUAGCGGCUCUACGUCUUGAAGUGAAACGUUUGCGGAACUAUGAUGGUUAUGCAAAAGAAGUUCCGUAUCAAGAACUGCAUACAGAGCUGCUGGAGUUGCAUAUGCAAGUGGAAACUCUGUCGCGGGAGCGUACCGCUCUGGUGACGGCAGCCGCGUCGCGCGCGCUAAUGUUGGAGCGGCACGAGCGCUGCGCGGAUUUGUUCGCGCGGAUGAUCCGCGCCCGCCGCGACCUGUCCGCGCUUCUCGAAGGCCGCAGCGACCCGGCGCCCCUAGACGAAGCAGGCCAGGCGGAGGUGUCGAGAUCGUUGUCGUCGGUGUGCGCGAGCGCGGCGGACACGUGGACGGCGCUGCGCACGGAGCGCGCGCGCGUGCUGCGCCUGGAGAGCGCGGUGCUGGCGCAGAGCCUGCAGCUGGAGCGCGAGGGCCGCGUGCGCACGCAGCUCGAGCGCCGCCGCGCCAUGCUCGAGCGAGAGAUACUGCGCUCCCAGAGCGAGACCACCGACUCCUCUGUAUUAAACCCCAUCAAAAAUCCAAGUUUGGUAUUCUCCCAAUGUUUUUUUAUGUAUUUAGGAAUAACAGUGUUUGUACUCAAUUUAAUAGGUUUAGGGUAGUUAGAAUAAAAAUUGAAAAAUUAUUUUAAGAUGAAAUAAUAUCUGGAAGAUGUCCUGUCCCAAUUUUUGUAAUUUGUAUCGACGAAACCAUUUCUUCCUAAGAUUAUUGCUAUCUACUUUUUUUAU